AUGCGCGAUGUCCAGUGUGGGCCAGCUGUCCUUGCCAGGUCGUGGAUGGACGAGCAGAAGAACAACGUGGACCUGCUGCUGCUGCUGCAUCAGCAGUGUGUCAGGCCAACGGUGAUCAAGACCACACUCAUGAUCGAACACAAGGCGGUUGCUGUCGAACAUCUUGCAGAGGUGUCAUCAGGCGAGCUGGCAGACAUUGAACGCGAGGGCGAGCACUCCAUUGAAAUCGUCUCACCGCCACAGCAGCGUGAGCAGGAGCAGGCUGUUCAUGGGGUGCUCACGUCCUCUUCAGCUACGAGCACACCUGAGAAGAAAGAACCGGCGCCUUCCGACAAGCGCCAAGACGCUGUUGCCGACACUCUUCGGAAAGCCAUCACCCCACCCCAGCACAACAUCAGCUCCCCACGCCUCUGA